GUUUUAUCACGUGUGCCAUUGCGGAAGUCGUUGUCAUGUGAGCGGCUGCUUUAUUUGUGUCUUUGCGAUGAGAUAAAAUGAGCAGAAAAACAAAUAGUUCUGCGUUUUUCUUCAUUUGGUUAUGGGUCUGUUUUUGCUCAGCUGAUAAGAGCUACGUUAUAGACGAUGACGGCGGGUUUGGACGGACGUUUGAUGGCAUAGGGGGUGUGAGCGGUGGUGGGGCAACGUCUCGCCUUCUUGUGAACUAUGCUGAACCGUACAGAAGUCAAAUACUGGAUUACCUUUUCAAGCCCAACUUCGGAGCUUCUUUACAAAUACUAAAAAUUGAAAUUGGAGGUGAUGCACAGACGACAGAUGGUACAGAGCCAUCACACAUGCACUCUCCGAAUGAUGAGAAUUAUUUCAGGGGAUAUGAGUGGUGGCUGAUGAGAGAGGCCAAGAAGAGGAAUCCUAACAUCACACUGAUAGGCUUGCCAUGGGCGUUUCCUGGAUGGGUUGGUCAUGGGAAAAACUGGCCUUAUUACUACCCUGAUACAACUGCAUACUAUGUUGUGUCCUGGAUUAUUGGAGCGAAGCAGCACCACGACCUGGACAUUGAUUAUGUCGGGAUAUGGAAUGAAAGGACUUAUAACAGCAAAUAUAUCAAGCUCCUGCGCUACACUCUGGAUAAGAGCGGAUUGGAGAGAGUCAAAAUCAUCGCCAGUGACAACCUGUGGGAGCCGAUAACACAUUCUGUCCAUCAGGAUCCUGAACUGAGGAACGCUGUAGAUGUGCUGGGGGCUCACUAUCCUGGAACCGUCACCGUCCCCGAAGCCUUGACCCUGCAGAAGCAGCUCUGGUCUUCUGAAGAUUACAGCACCUUUAACGAUGAUGUUGGAGGAGGCUGCUGGGCUCGAAUCCUCAACCAGAACUACGUCAACGGCAGGAUGUCCGCCACUAUUUCCUGGAAUCUGGUGGCCAGCUACUAUCAGGAUCUCCCGUUUGGGAGAGCUGGGCUGAUGACCGCUCAGGAGCCAUGGAGUGGAAAUUAUGUUGUAGAAUCCCCCAUUUGGAUCACAGCCCAUACCACACAGUUUACUCAGCCUGGAUGGAAGUAUCUGCGGAGCGUCGGCCAUCUUGAGUUCGGCGGGACGUACGUCGCUUUGACGGAUCAGAGCGGAAAUCUGACUAUAGUCAUUGAAACCAUGACUCAUGAUCACUCCGUGUGCGUCCGGCCUCCUCUGCCUCACUACAACGUCACGCAUCAGAAAGCCACGUUCUCUUUAAAGGGAUCGUUUACUUCAGUUCGUGAGCUACAGGUCUGGCACUCGAAGUUUGAUUUCAAGACCCAAAAGCCAGUUUUCUUUCAAAACCUCAAGCCUAUAAAUGUAUCGAACGGAACGUUCAGCUUGGACCUGGAGGUCGAUGAAAUUUACACGCUAACCACCAUCACCACAGGGUCUAAAGGAAGUUACCAAGAGCCUCCUUCGUCUGCUCCCUUCCCUAAAAUCUACUCGGACGAUUUCGACGUCAGUAACCCGUACUUCUCAGAGGCUCCGUUCUUUGCCGAUCAGACCGGAGUGUUCGAGUACUUCAAUAACCUGACGGAUGCCGGCGCUCACGUUUACACGCUGCGUCAGGUGCUGACCGAGAGGCCUGUGACGUGGGUAGCAGAUGCAGAUCAGACCAUCAGUGUCAUCGGGGAUUAUUCCUGGCAGAAAACCAGCAUCUCCUGUGACGUCUACAUGGAGAAGGUGGACACCGGAGGUGUGUUUGUGGCAGUGAGAGUAGAUAAAGGUGGAGGAUCGAUCAGGAACACACAGGGAAUCUUCUUCUGGGUGUUUGCUGACGGAACCUACAAAGUCACCAAUGAUCUCAGUGGCGAAAGCAUCCUGGCCAAGGGACGGUCCGGAACCCGAGCUCACGUCUGGUACACUCUGACUCUGACGGUCCAGGGUUAUUACGCCUCUGGAGAGCUAAACGGCUCUGUGCUGUGGAAAGACGCAAUCGUUUUGACGCCCAAACACGGCUGGGCGGCUGUCGGUACGAGUACCUUCGAACUGGCUCAGUUUGAUAACUUUGCCGUACGGGCGGCAUGACAGGACGACCUAGACUUCAUUUCCUGUACAGAGAAAUAACUGGAGGAUUUCUGACUCGAAAUACUGAGAUAGUGACAUUUCUGAUUGUUUAAAAAAAAUCAGUUUGGUGUAGCAUAACGUGUGUGUGUGAGAGAGUGAGUGUGUGUGUGUGUGUGUGUGUGUGUGUGUGUGUGUGAGGGAUUGUGUGAGUGUGUUUCUGUGUGUGUGUGUGUGUGUGUGUGUGUGAGUGGUGUGAGUGGUGUGUGUGUGUGUGUGAGGGAUUGUGUGUGUGAGUGGUGUGUGUGUGUGUGUGUGUGAGUGGUGUGUGUGAGUGGUGUGUGUGUGUGUGAGUGGUGUGUGUGAGUGGUGUGUGUGUGUGUGAGUGAGUGUGUGUGAGUGAGUGAGUGUGUGUGAGUGAGUGAGUGUGUGUGAGUGUGUGAGUGGUGUGUGUGUGAGUGGUGUGUGUGUGAGUGGUGUGUGUGUGAGUGGUGUGUGUGUGAGUGGUGUGUGUGUGAGUGGUGUGUGUGUGUGUGUGUGUGUGUGUGUGUGAGUGGUGUGUGUGUGAGUGGUGUGUGUGUGUGUAGGAGAUGAUGAUUGUUAAUUGCACUGAAAUCCAGGGUGUUCAUGAGGACACUGUAAAUAUGAAAAGCCUUAAAAUGUAUUAAAUCAUUUUCUGAAUUUUUUUUUAGACUUUUUCAAAUAGUAAUAAUAUUUAAUUUUUCUUUAUUUUUAAACUGAAAAGUAAAACGUGAUCAACAGAACGGUGCAGCGCCGUUUAUUAACCUUCAGCUACCUGCUUUAAACUGACAUAAGAAGCGAAUGCGAAUUCAAACGCACUUUUCAUUGGAUCGGAGAAAAAUAAAACGAUCCAUUAACGAGUCUAAAUUCAAUUCUAUGAAAAUAUGUGGAAAAAGGACUGAUAUAUAAAUAAAUUCAUUUAUAUAAAAAAAAAAUAAGAAAUUAUAAUUAAAAAAAUUCUUUGCCACUGAAUGAUCACAGUAAUCAAUAAAGGAAUCUUUUUAUACAAA